UCCGGGGAGAUGUCAGGUGUCACCUCGGACCAGGUCCUGAACCGAACCGGAUCCCGGCCGGAGCGGCAGGAGGCCGGGAUCCUGCAGCCGCAGACCGUGUUCGUCAUCCUGGACUCGGCUGAAACACUCAAUCUGCUCCGAUGAGUCUCAGCAGCUCGAGGACUCGUGUCCUCAGCAGGACUGAACCAGGACUGAACCAGCACUGGAACCAGGACUGAACCAGGACUGGACCAGGACUGGAACCUGGGUUCACAUGUCCAGAUGUUUCUGCUCAAAUCGAUCGAGUGAAAUUAACUACGAGAUAAUUACCGUCCUUUUCUUCUUUGAAUACAUAUUUAAAUUCAAUUAGAUUCAUUUUGAAGAUGAACUUUGGUAGUAAAGCUCAGUCACGUUGAAUAGAAACGAGCAAAUUCAUGUGAAGAUGAUGAAGAUGAUGAAGAUCAGAAUCAGUCACUUCAUGUUUGUAUCUAUUAAAUCUAAUACUUUCAAAAGAAAUGAAAGUGACUUUAUUUAAGAAAAUUGUAAAUCACUUCAAACUCGUUUAGAGUAAAAUUUCGAACACUUUGAUGAGAUAAAGUGAUGAAUGGAGUCUGAGGUAGUUGAUGUUACUGUUUGAACUUUGACCUCUGAUCCUCUUUUCCUCCUGCAAUGAGUCAUUCAAGAUUAACACACACACACACACACACACACACACACACACACACACACAUAAACUGGUCUCUCUGCAAUUUUGAGGACACAACUUACACUGGUAGGUAUUUUCCCAGUGGAAACAGCCAGACGAGACUUGUCUUCAUCAAUGUUGCUCCGCCUACACACCCUGCUCACACACACACACACACACACACAGUGUUGAGUUCAGCCAGUUGCUUUUUUAUCUUGAGUUUCCAGAUGUUUUAGCUGCUUCAUGUUUUACAGUGUUAAGCUGAGUGUACUUACAUUCUCCUUAUUUUCCUCUAAUCCGAGCCAGCUGUCAGACUCAUGACUCAGCAGGUUUUCUCCCGGCAACUUCAUUGUUCAACCUUACAGUCAAAACUCAGGGCAGUUAUCCAGAUGUUGCUGCAUCAUGUGAUCGUGUGGCAGGACGUUAACUGUGACGUGGGUGGAGUCUGGGAUUGUCGCUGACAUCGAGGUAGACAAUUUGUUGCCUUCAGGCUGCGAUGCCUUCUACGAGAUCAAGAGUCAGCCAAUCAGCAUCAGCACAUCAGCAGCAGCUUCCUCCCCUUCCUCAUCAUCAUCGUCCUCACUGACGUCGGUGAUGUCAUCCAGGGUGUUAAUGCGUCAGGACCUGAUGCGUCAGCAAACUCUGGAGGCGGAGUUUAAGGAGGCGCAGCAUCAUCAUCAUCAGUUUCGCUCCUCUGACUCCUCGUUGCCUGUCUCUGUGUCGUCCUCCUGCAAACCUCCUGCUCAGGUUCCUGUGGAGGUGCUGAAGGUGCAGACUCACCUGGAGAACCCGACCCGGUAUCACAUCCAGCAGGCUCAGCGGCAGCAGGUGCGUCAGUAUCUCUGCACCACUCAGACAACCAUCGCCCCCAGGACAGCCAAUCACAGGCCUUCUGAGCUGUCCUCAAGCCACUCCCCCCAGCUGGGCUGUGCCCCCGGACUGCGGCCAGGAGAUGGCGCACAGGAAGUGGAAGAGACCGUCAUUGAUGACAUCAUCAGCCUGGAAUCGAGCCUCAACGACGAAUUUCUGACGCUGAUGGACUCCGGACUACAGCUCGCCAACACGCUGCCUGUCUCUGGGACGAUGCUGGACGUUUACAGCAGCAAUGGAGGGUUGGCCACGCCUGCUAUCAAUGUUAGCAACAGUUGCCCGGCCGAGCUUCACGCCAUCAAGACCGAGCUGAUUGAUGUGGAGACAAAAACUCUGGUCAAAGAGAGACAGAAGAAGGACAACCACAACCUCAUCGAGAGGAGGAGGAGGUUCAACAUCAACGACCGCAUCAAAGAACUCGGAGCGCUGAUCCCCAAAUCCACCGACCUGGAGAUGAGGUGGAACAAAGGAACCAUCCUGAGGGCGUCGGUGGAUUACAUCCGCAAGAUGCAGAAAGAACAGCAGAGGGCGCGAGAGCUGGAGGAGAGACAGAGGAGGCUGGAGAACGCCAACCACUCGCUGCUGCUCCGCAUACAGGAGCUGGAGCUCCAGGCUCGUCUCCAUGGCCUCACCUCCUCCUCUUCCUCGCCUCCCCCCGCCUCCUCCUCUUCUACUCUUCUUUCCCCCACUCUGCCUCACCCCUUCUCCUCCCUGGCGCCUCCCUCCCUGGAUCUGGACGCCCUGAGCUUUGUGGAGCUGGACGAGCCUCGGGGAGCCUCCACUGUCUUCUCUGCCGACCUGAUGGCGGACGUGGGGCUGACGGAGCUCCACAGCCUGGGAGACAUCCUGAUGCAGGAGGGGGGAGGACGGGGAGGGGGGGUGAUGUCUGACCCCCUGCUGUCCUGUGGAGCCUCUAAGAGCAGCAGCAGGAGGAGCAGCUGGAGCAUGGACGAGGACCUCUGAUGACAUCAUCACGUAUGCAGGGAUCUUAUUGGCCAGAGGCGGGACUCAGACCAGAGAUUUUUUAAAUGUUCAUCUUUUAAAAGAAAUAUUAUUCGUCCAAAUGAACAGAAUAUGAAAGUUAUGUCACAGCCCGUCUGCUGCUCCGAGGACACGUUAUGCUAUCAUUAGCUUUGUGCUAAUGUCAUUCAGAAUCUUGUGGCACAGAUUCCUGUAGCCACGCCUCCAUUGGUGACAUCACACAGGUAGCUCCCCUGUUCAGGACUCAGGAGCUCCUGCUGCAGAAUCUGUUCUGGUGUCAGUCAAAGGAAUAUUACACAUAUUUAACAGCAGAGUUCAUUCUGGAGAGAGGCUUUAUCCUCGUUUAUAAUGAUCAACGUACAGAAAUAGUUUUAUAAAAUCAACUUUAUCAACUCAUUUAACAUGAAAUAGAUCAAAAGUCUUGACAUUUAGUAAAGUGAAAGCAGUUGAAUUGACUCCUUGAACCCAGUGAUGUUCCAGAGCAGAGAUCCAACCACAGCUACAAUAGUUACGACAGCUUCAUGAAGAAGGGAUUCAUUUCAUUUUAAUGUUCAUGUCAAUGUCUGUAAUCUCAGUUUUUAUAGAUCAAACUUUUACACUGAAAUAAAUUCAUGACAAUCCUG